UGCCAGCUGACUUAAUUGUGAUAGGUUAAUCUAAAACAAAUUUAACUUAAAUGUCCUUAUUCAACUAAUUCAUUGGUUAAUCCAUUUUUCUUAAUAAUACGUAAUCGGGCGUGCCAAAUUAUAAACAAAAGUAUACUUUUGUAUAAAUAUCUGACAGCAAAUUUAAAUUUCGUUACUAAAUUAUAUAGGUAUCAUUAUAGAAAGUACAUAAGAGUUAUGGGUAUAGCUUAUGAGUCUUUAUAUGUACCUGUUGCUACUGUGGAAUCAGAAUUUGAUAAGAUCAACGAAAUGCAAGCUGCGGAAGUUCUUUUAUCAUUAGCCAAGGGAACAUGUAAUAACUGGUCAAUAUUUACACAAAAUGUAUCAUCAAUAAAUCAAAAUUCCUACUUUACAACAAAUCAUAAAAAUAUUCUAAAAGAGUCAAGUGUAGCAGAUGAGAUGAAAGUAAAAGCUGAUGAAAAUAAUGAUGAUUGUAAUAAAUCCUCUUAUAUAAGCACAUUGGAUAGAAAUUUACAUCGGAAUUUAAAAUUUAAACUUCAUCGAAUUAAAUCUUCAAGAUCAUCACCUAAUAUUAAAAGAUUAUAUCAAAUACCAGAUGAUAUGAGUACUCCUCACAAUUUGGAAUCAGUUUCUUUUCAAAUGGAUAACAGCAAUAAUAUGAGUUCAAAAACAUCACAGAUUCCUAUGCAAACAUUACGACGAAGUCAAGAAUCUGUCUACAGUCAACCGUCUAUGAGUGAUCUGAAUUCACACUGGUUAAAUAAUAUCCCUUGUUAUGCUUCAAAUCCUAAUGGUUGUAAAUCAUUCCCAACAAUACGAACCAAUGGAAUGGAUGAAUAUUCUUCUAAUGCUACAUCAUCCCCACUUAUGGAUCAAUGUGAUCAACUGACUAUCCACCAAGAAAAUCUAUCCACAUUAACAAUAAAAAUGACAACUGCUCCCGCUGUUUCUGAUCAGCCCAAUACUCGAGUGAACUUUACGCUUGAUGAUGAUUGUGACUUUACAUCGAAUGCACCCUCGAAUCAUGAAGAUAUUAAUAACAAUAACAGUAGUAAUGAUUAUCACAGUUCUGAUCUUUUUAAGCUAAAUGAACAGAAUGUCUUACGUGUUCCUUCAACCAACUCUGAUUUGACGAAUUAUGUCCAUGGAACUAAUACCAUCCGAUCAUGUUAUUCAGAUUCACAACUUCUACGACAAAGUUUAGUUGACUUUUCUCAAGGAACCUUGUCUAAUCAACAAAUACUAAAUAGACGAAUUACAGAAACGAUGACAUCUCAUAAUCUUGACAGUUACUUACCAACUAUUUCUGAACCAUCAAGUGAUUCACGAUAUGUCAACGACGACUCCAACUGUCAGUCAUAUAGUUCAACUGAUCAAACACCUAAUAACACAUCACAUGAUCUAAUGAUGGAUACAAAUCUACAGACUGUAAACUCGAUCACAGCGCCACAGACAAACACAAAUACUACCUCAGUGUUUACCAGCAAUAACAAUAAUAAUAGCAAUAGUAACAACAAUGGUUUAGAAAGAGUUAAAUCUCAUCGAUGCAAUUUUGAUGGUUGUACAAAAGCCUAUUUCAAAAGUUCUCAUUUAAAAGCACAUAUUCGUGUUCAUACAGGCGAAAAACCGUAUAUUUGUGAAUGGAGUCAUUGUAAUCGAAAAUUUGCACGUUCCGAUGAAUUAUCACGUCAUCGUCGAGCGCAUACAGGUGAACGGAAUUUCAUUUGUCAGCGUUGUCCUCGCAGAUUCAGUCGUAGUGAUCAUCUCACGAAGCAUUUAAAACGUCAUAAUUCACCAUUAAAAUAAUCACAUACUCACACACAUAGAAAGAGAAAAGUGCAAACAGAAAUCAAUAUCAUCAUUAUUUUUUGUUUUUUUCUUUUCUAUUAUGCAUCAUCUACCUAUUUGUAUCUGCUGACUUGUGUCGUCUUUCCAAUUCAACUUAUCUUGUACUUUUCUUUUUUUUUCUACACCUGUUUUUUAUUUUUUCUUAUGCCUCAUACUGUGUGUGUUGCGACAAGUCAUUGUAAAAAAUCUCGAAGAGUAUUCAUUGACGCUUAGGUAAACAUUCUGAUCAUUUUGCAUUUGACUACCAGAGUGUACACUAUAUGUGUUCCCCAAUUUUUUUUAAAUUCAAUAAAUCACUUCUUAGAGGACAUCAUUCUUUUUUGUUUCUUCAACAAUUCUUCUCUUUAAUGUGAUAUGCAUAUAUAUAUCAGUGUAGAUUAUGUCACGAGGCAACAUCAACUGAGCACUGGACAGAUGUUUCAUCCUGGCUUGGGACCGCUCAGCGGUUCAGUACUCACAAUAUUACCAAGAAGAGUCCCAAACUAGGAUGUAACAGUUGUCUAAUGCUCCUUGGCUUUUAUUAGUCCCUCUAACUGAUGAUCCUGAUUCGCGACGAAAUCUACCCUGGAACUAAUCCUCUCAUUUGGGGAGGGUGGGGGGUGGAAAGGAAAGAUAAAUAAUGUGAAGAAUGAAACUGUAAUCAGAUUCCUUAUCUUGGCUACUUAUUGAUUUUUGUACAUCGUAUGUUGCUGUCGUUAUUAUAAUUAUUAUUAUCAUCAUCAUCAUUAUUGUUAAUAUUAUUAUUCCUUCUCUUUCUAAUCUAAAAGUACUUUUGCUUUAUUCUUCAAGACACUUUUGAUGAAUUGAUGCACUGACUUUAUUAUUUUUUAUUUUACUUAUGUCUCAUAAUAACUCAUAACUUUGCCUUGGAAUGAUCUUUACUCAAUAAAACUGAUUUCUCAAUUGUCUUACCAUACUGCUUUCACUAUUAUUAUUUUUUGAAAUGAUCUACCAAAGAUUAAGAAGUUAUCAUUGCAGCCAUUGCGUUUUUCGACUAGGUCACAGACAACUUUCA